GCGUCUCAAGCUCACAGUGACCAGUAGGGGGCAGCAGCGCGUGCUGAGUGAUGAACGAAGAAGACAAAACCCGGAAGAGAGGGGAGUUGCUGAUCCGCAACACUUAACACAAAUCCACUCUUAUUUACACCUUGACAGCAAGUGUCGCUGUCCAUCCAACAUGGAUGAUGUUUGGCAGAAUGCCAUGGACCAUGCUGUUGCUGUGGCACGAAAAGCUGGCCAGGUGGUGCGUGAAGCCCUACACAACACGCAGAAGGAUGCAGUGAUGGUGAAAAGUUCGUCAGUUGAUUUAGUGACACAGACUGACCAGAAGGUGGAGCAACUCAUUAUCCAAUCAGUGAAGGAGAAAUUCCCAACACACUGCUUCAUUGGGGAGGAGUCUGUUGCCGCAGGAGAAGUUUGUGUCCUGACUGACCGUCCCACCUGGAUCAUUGACCCUAUUGAUGGCACCACCAACUUUGUUCACACCUAUCCUUUUGUUGCCGUUUCCAUUGGAUUCUCCGUCAACAAACAGGUAGAGUUUGGCGUGGUGUACAGUUGUCUUCAAGAUCAAAUGUACACUGCACGCCGAGGGAGGGGCGCCUUCUGCAACGGAGAACCUCUCCAAGUUUCUCAUCAGCGAGACAUCCACCAGGCAAUCAUCGCUGUCGAGUUUGGGUCCAACAGAGAAGCACAAACAGUGGACAAGAUCUUCUCCAGCCUCAAGAAAAUUGUCAGCAUCCCCGUCCACGGGGUGCGUGGUGCAGGAAGUGCAGCCAUCAACAUGUGCCUGGUGGCAUCCGGCUGCGUGGAGGCUUACUAUGAGAUCGGCAUUCAUGUGUGGGACGUGGCCGCAAGCUCGCUCAUUGUCUCGGAGGCCGGCGGCAUCCUGAUGGAUGUGGAGGGAGGCCCAUUCGACUUGAUGUCCCGCCGAGUUUUGGCCGCCAACAACCAAAGCAUCGCCGAGCGACUUGUCAAAGAAAUCGAUUCCUUCUGUCCACUCAGAGACGACGCGCCGCUUGCACAGUGAAGACUUAAGAUCACAUGACCAAUGUCACCUGUCAUGAGUUCAGCAAACCACAGAGAAGCAUCCCAAAAUAUUCACUAGGAGACUUCUAAUGAACAUCAAGUAAGACUUUGUUCCUUCCUGUAUACGUGUACCUUUUACAUUAAAAGCCCGUUGACUUCAACUGAUUUUGACGAGACCUUUCCGCCCAGAGAUAAACAAUGUGUGUAAAAAGUUGUCAGGAAACUCAUUCCUCAUAUUGUGGCGAGGGGCUUUUACUAAACCGCAGAUACAGUGGUAUGAAAAAGUAUCUGAACCUUUUGGAAUUUCUCACAUUUCUGCAUAAAAUCACCAUCAAAUGUGAUCUGAUCUUUGUCAAAAUCACAGAUGAAAAGUGUCUGCUUUAACUAAAACCACCCAAACAUUUAUAGGUUUUCAUAUUUUAAUGAAGACAGCAUGCAAACGAUGACAGAAGGGGGAGGAAUAAGUAACUGAGCUAUCACAUUUAAUAUUUUGUGGACCCCCUUUGGCAGCAAUAACUUCAACCAGACGCUUCCUGCAGCUGCAGAUCAGUCUGGCACAUCAAUCAGGACUAAUCUUGGCUCAUUCUUCUCUACAAAACUGCUGUAGUUCAGUCAGAUUCCUGGGAUGUCUGGCAUGAAUCGCUGUCUUGAGGUCAUGCCACAGCAUCUCAAUGGGGUUCAAGUCUGGACUUUGACUUGGCCACUCCAGAACGUGUAUUUUGUUCUUCUGAAACCAUUCUGAAGUUGAGUUACUUCUGUGUUUUGCAUCAUUGUCUUGUUGCAGCAUCCAUCCUCUUUUUAGCUUCAACUGUCUGACAGAUGGCCUCAGGUUUUCCUGCAAAACAUCCUGAAACUUUUGAAUUCAUUUUUCCAUUGAUUGCAAGUUGUCCAGGCCCUGAGGCAGCAAAACAGCCCCAAACCAUAAUGCACCCUCCACCAUGCUUCACGGUGGGGAUGAGGUGUUGAUGUUGGUGAGCUGUUUCAUUUUUCUUCCACACAUGACGUUGUGUGUUCCUCCCCAACAAUUCAACUUUGGUUUCAUCAGUCCACAAAAUAUUUUGCCAAAACUUCUGUGGAGUGUCCAAGUGCCUUUUUGCGAACAUUAAACGAGCAACAAUGUUUUUUGUUUUUUUUUUUAGGCAGCAGUGGCGUCCUCCGUGGAGUCCUCCCAUGAACACCAUUCUUGGCCAUUGUUUUACAUAUAGUUGAUGUGUGCACAGAGAUAUUGGACUGUGCCAGUGAUUUCUGUAAGUCUUUAGCAGACACUCUAGGAUUCUUUUUUUUACCUCUGAGUAUUCUGUGCUGAACUCUUGGCAUCAUCUUUGGUGGACAGCCACUCCUUGGGAGAGAAGCAACAGUGCCAAACGCUCUCCAUUUGUAGACAACUUCUCUGACUGUUGAUUGAUGAACAGCCAGACUUUUGGAGAUGGUUUUGUAUCCUUUCCCAGCUUUAUACAAAUCAACAAUUCUUGAUUGCAGGUCUUCAGACAGCUCUUUUGAGCGAGCCAUGGUGCAUAUUAGACAAUGGUUCUCAUCAAGACAAUUCUUACCAGGUGUGUGUUUUAUAGUGGGCAGGGCAGCUUUAAACCACUCAUCAGUGAUUGGGCACACAUUGGGCACAUACCUGACUCCCCCCCUUCUGUCGUCGUUUGCAUGCUACUAUCCUCAUUAAAAUAUGAAAACCUAUGAAUGUUUGGGUGGUUUUAGU